AUGCAGCGAAACUCUUCCUUCGUUCAAUUCCUCACGACGCCGACGGCAGACACCCCCGGCGCGGCAUUCGCCCUCACCUUUGACAAUCCCCCUCGAAGCUACCUGUUCGGACAUGUUGGAGAGGGUCUCCAACGGGCUGCGGUACAGAAUGGAGUGAGGUUGAUCAAGUUCGGCGACAUAUUCUUCACGGGACGGACGGAAUGGAGUAACAUCGGAGGGACGCUGGGGUUUAUCCUCAGCACCACGGACGUGAUCAUUGGGAGACAGCUGGCGGCAAAGGCCAAACAAAAAGAGAAAGCGGAGAGGGCGGAGAGGGUCGAGAAAGAGGGGAAGACGGAUGGACAAGGAGCCAAAGGAGAGCUGAAGGAGAGCCGUAAGGUCGAAGAAGUUGACCGGCCCGAGUUUCGACUGCAUGGAGCUAGAAAUCUAAUGCAUUUUUUGGGAACCGCAAGGAGGUUCAUUUUUAGAAAGGGCGUCCCUUUGCAUGUAACGGAGUAUAAGAGCGAGGAGGGCGAUAAAGACACGGACACUCUGCCUGAACCAAGCUUUGCGGAUGAGUUCAUCAAGGUCUGGCCGGUCGUCGCAAUGCCGCAAACCCAAAGCUCACGAUCAACACCCUCCCCUCACGGUCGAAAGCGCAGUUUAGACGAGGCAGAGGGACGAACCAUGGAGUCGCGAUUGACGGCGACGGACGCCGAAAAAGCACAACAAUAUGACGAGCUGCGAAAGGCCGCGGUCUCCGCCAUGUUCGGAUCCGACUGGAGCAUGGACGCGCUCGAGGAACAUCGCCUGGUCGACGUCCAACUGCCCGCCAAGCUCUACAUCCGCGAUCCGGAGACCAAAGACCUGAAACGCUACGAAGGGCCGACACCAGGUGGGGACGUGGAUGUCUCCGAUGUCAAGGUCCUGGUUCGCAAGCCAUGGCCCGGCGCGAAGAUCGACACGCUUCCCCCGACUGCGCCGCUGAAAGAUUCGGUAUCGUAUGUCAUUCAUCAGUACGAGCAACGGGGUCGGUUCAUGCCGUCGAUAGCCAAGAACCUUGGUGUACCCUCUGGUCCCCUCUUCAGUCAGUUAGCGGCGGGUGGCAGCAUUCAAUUGCCCAACGGCAAGACCAUCACGUCAGACAUGGUUGUCGAGCCAGGGCGACCUGGACGUGGCGUCGCUGUUCUUGAUAUCCCAGGUCCUGAGUACGUCCAGCCGUUGCUGAGUCGUUCAGAAUGGACCAAUUCCCAGAUGAUGGAUAGCGUAUCCGCCUUUAUCUGGCUCCUUGGCCCUGGUGUGGCAUCCAAUCCUGAUGUUAACCGGUUCAUGGAAGAGCGGAGUACAUUGCAGCAUAUCGUAUCUUCCCCCGACAUAUGUCACAAUCGUCUUUCGAUGAACAAAGCGGCCAUGAACACCGUUCGACUAAAAGAGGUUGAUCCGGACCGCUAUGAGUUGCCUCAUCAUGAGGAUCAACCCCUCUCCAACUCCUUGGCGACCAAUUUCACAGACGGCAGUGCCGCACUACCCGAUUUUGUCAAUGUUGCGGAUCGGGGUAGCACGUUGCGUUUAGAGCCAAAUCUACACUUCUCCCAGGAGACCGUAGCGGAACCCGUGGAUAUCGCGGCUGCUCGGCAGAGUUUGAGUCCGACAGUCCUCGAACUUGUCCGGGAAGCGCAGGCAAAUCUCGAGAAAGACAAAACCACUUUGGAGCAAUGGAAGUCCACUAUCCCCAACCCGGAAACGGAGAUUAUUACACUGGGCACUGGUUCUGCUCUCCCUUCGAACCAUCGUAACGUAUCAGCGACUCUGGUUCGUGUGCCUGGCCAUGGCUCGUACCUCCUUGACUGUGGUGAAGGGACGCUCGGUCAAAUCAAACGCGUAUAUGGACGCAAGUAUAAAGAGGUGAUCAAAGACCUCCGCAUGAUCUGGAUCAGUCACCUCCAUGCCGACCAUCAUCUCGGCACUGCCAAUGUCAUCAAAGAGUGGUACGCUCUCGUCCACGAUUCCGUCCCUGAUCCCAACCCCCUCUCCAUCCAUUCCCUCGCCCGCGAAGCGCAAGCCUCUCCAAACACCGUUCCUCGUCGUCUCGCCGUGGUCUCCGAGAUCGGCAUGCACCAAUGGAUCGCUGAGUACUCCCAAUGCGAAGACAUCGGCUACUCCCGCCUUCUCCCCCUCCUCCCUCCCGCCACCCGCUCUGGCACCCGCCCCAUCCAACUCAUUACCUACAACAUCCCCACCCCCACCAGCCAUCCGUCUGACACUCAAUUAAUCUCCAUCGACCCCCUCCCCACUCAGCCCUCCACCCUCCAGCGCCUCACCGGCCUCCACCACCUCAGCGCCGUCCUCGUCCGCCACUGCCACCACGCCUGCGCCGUCGCCCUCACCUGGCCCGACGGCCUCAAGAUCGCCUACUCGGGCGACUGCCGCCCCUCGUUGGAGUUCGCGCGCAUCGGCCGCGGCGCCACGGUGUGCAUCCACGAAGCGACCUUCGGCGACGAGCUCGGCGGCGAGGCGAAGGCGAAGCUGCACUCGACGAGCGGCGAGGCGGUCGCGGUGGCGCGGGAGAUGCGCGCGCGCGCGUGCCUGCUGACGCAUUUUAGCCAGCGGUACGCGAAGGUGGUGCCGAUCGAUGUGGUGCCGGAAGAGAAAGUGGAGGAGGAAGUGGAGCAGGCGCAGCGGCGGAAGGGAGUCCCGGAGUAUACCGCGGAUCGCAUGGACGUGGAUCCGCCGAUGAAAAACGACGAGGAUCCCGACACCCGGGUUGCGGUGGCGUUCGACUACAUGCGCGUCAAAGUCGGCGACCUCGCGAAGCUAGAAUAUUUCCUCCCCGCGCUCAAUGAACUGCACAACGAGCCCGAGCCCGAGCCGGCGGACGAGGAAGGCGACGACGCCGACAAUCCCGCCAAACCCGCCAAGACGAAGAAACAGAAGGACAAGAAACCGUCGCAUCAGGAGAAGCAGUCAGGGAAGGCGAAGAAAAAAGCCGCGUGGGGGGAGAAGCAGAGGGGGAAUAAGAAAAACAAGGGGGAUGGGGGGGUGACGGCUGUGGACGCUGAGUCGAAGCCGCUGAUGGUAGAGGAGAAUGGCGGCGGUGUACAAUCAACCGGAUGA